AUUAAACCCCAAAUUAUUUAUUCUUUGACUUAUUUUGAAUAAUUUCUCACUGUUUUUUUGUCAAAUUUGUUACUCCCCUUUCAAGUGAACUGCAAACUGUUCUUAAACUAGGGAACUACAUUUCCUCUCUGUUUCUCUAAGCUUUAUUAUCGGAUGUGGGGGGUUUAUGAUUGUGGCAUAAUUUAUUUUCCUUGUGUGUCUCCGUGCCUUCUUCCUUCUCUGGUUUUCUUUUUUGUGAUUGUCUCACUGUCAGUUGUUUAACCUGUGUUUGACGAUCCUCUCCCUCCUGUUUCGUGUGAUUCUAAUGUCCUUUUUGGGGAUUCUUCUGUCUUUUAUCAGCCAAUGAAGGCUCUCGUUUUGCUGUUUAACAGAUCUAUCUUGCAUUUAUGUCAUCUCUACUGUGACACGUUUGUAUGUCUGUACUUGCCAAACAUGUCCUGCCUCUUCAAAAACUCCAGUUCCUGGAAAAAACACUGUUGACUCCGCCCACUUCGGUGAUGCAGAAAUUUCCCGUCCAUUCUUGUUCAGUUAUUUCCAGUUCCUGGAUGGGUGUAACCAGCAUGUUUGUGGUGAGCUACGUUUUUCUUUGUUUCUGACAGAGUUCUACACAGCAAGGUGAAAUGGCACAGCAAGAAAAGUUCUGCUGUUCAAUCUGUUUGGAUCUACUGAAGAAUCCAGUGACUAUUCCCUGUGGACACAACUACUGCAUGAACUGUAUUAAAACCCACUGGGAUGAAGAGGAUCAGAAGGAAAACUGUAGGUGCCCUCAGUGCAGACACCCCUUCACACCGAGACCUGCACUGGUGAAAAACACCAUGUUAGCGGAGUUAGUGGAGGAGCUGAAGAAGACUGGACUCCAAGCUGCUCCUGCUGAUCACUGCUAUGCUGGACCUGAAGAUGUGGCCUGUGAUGUCUGCAUUGGAAAACAAAUGAAAGCCUUCAAGUCCUGUUUAUUCUGUCUGGCAUCUUACUGUGAGAAACACCUUCAGCCUCAUUAUGAUGUGGUUGCAUUGAAGAAACACAAGCUGGUGGAGCCCUCCAAGAAGCUCCAGGAGAACAUCUGCUCUCGUCAUGAUGAGGUGAUGAAGAUGUUCUGCCGUACUGAUCAGCAGAGUAUCUGUUAUCUCUGCUCUGUGGAUGAACAUAAAGGCCACGACACAGUCUCAGCUGCAGCAGAAAGGACUGAGAGGCAGAGAGAGCUGGAGGUGAGUCGACAAAACAUCCAGCAGAGAAUCCAGGACAGAGAGAAAGAUGUGAAGCUGCUUCAACAGGAGGUGGAGGCCAUCAAUCAGUCUGCUGAUCAAACAGUGGAGCACAGUGAGAAGAUCUUCACUGAGCUGAUCCAUCUCAUCCAGAAAAGAAGCUCUGAUGUGAAGCAGCAGAUCAGAUCCCAGCAGGAAACUGAAGUGAGUCGAGUCAAAGAGCUUGAGGAGAAGCUGGAGCAGGAGAUCACUGAGCUGAAGAGGAAAGAUGCUGAGCUGAAGCAGCUCUCACACACAGAGGAUCACAUGCAGUUUCUACACAACUACCCCUCACUGUCAGCACUCAGUGAGUCUACAGACUCAUCCAGCAUCAAUAUCCGUCCUCUGAGCUACUUUGAGGAUGUGACAGCAGCUGUGUCAGAGGUCAGAGAUAAACUACAGGACAUUCUGAGAGAGGAAUGGACAAACAUCUCACUGACAGUCACUGAAGUGGAGCCAGAGCCAAAGACCAGAGAUGAAUUCUUAAAAUAUUCAUGUGAAAUCACACUGGAUCCAAACACAGCAAACACAAAGCUGUUAUUAUCAGAAGAGAACAGAAAAGUGACAGCAAUGAAUGAACAACAGUCUUAUUAUCAUCAUCCAGACAGAUUCACUUAUUGGUGUCAGGUCCUGAGUAGAGAGAGUCUGACUGGACGCUGUUACUGGGAGGUGGAGUGGAAAGGAACAGGAGUUCAUGUCGCGGCUGCAUACAAGGAUAUCAGCAGAACAGGGUGGGGUAAUGAGUGCAAAUUUGGGCGUAAUGAAAAAUCUUGGGCAUUCAAUUGUUACAAAAGUAAUUAUACGUUUUGGUACAACAACACCCAAACUCCUGUCUCAGGUCCUCAGUCCUCCAGAGUAGGAGUGUACCUGGAUCACAGAGCAGGUAUUUUGUCCUUCUACAGCGUCUCUGAAACCAUGACUCUCCUCCACACAGUCCAGACCACAUUCACUCAGCCGCUCUAUGCUGGACUCUGGCUUUACUCUGGUGUAAGAAGUUCUAAAUUCUGUAAACUAUAAUAGAAUUUCAUAGUAUAGGACAGUAAUUUUGCAUGUAAUUUUCUCUCAAUCAUUGUUGUGGCAUUUCUGAACUGCACAGAGAUCAGCUGUCACACAAACACUGUGGGUGGUACCUCAGCAUUUUCCACUUGUUUCCUUAAUGUUUUGGAGUUUAUUCACUGGAGAACUUUCCUUUGUCCGUUUAGUCAUGGAGGCUAUCAUUGCACAUAAUGUUUUUCAUUUAUAAAAAUAUUUUUUCACAUGAAAAUGGAAACAUCUUUGUGCUCCAAAUGUAUAAAUUAGUAUCGCUGUAUUUUUACCUUGUUGUUUCUGUUCCACUUUAAGGACAGAGACAUGGGCAGACCCUUUACAGAAAUGUGCACAUAUUUUUUUUGUAUCAGUGGCAUCAGUAUAUAAAGAAAGAAUAGAGAAUUAUAUUUAUGUUUAGCACACCAAAUACUCAUAAUGUUGUUGUCUAAGUUGACAAACAAAUUGAAGGUUUUAAUAAUAAAAAAAAUGUCACAGUCCUUUCUUUUGUCUUCAUUCUAGGAUCUUCCUCAAAAAAAAGUUUGAGAGUGAACUGAAAUCGUUUUAUAAUCAGAGAAUAUGAUUUAGAUGAGAUUGUAUUCAUAUGAGACAAUGAACAGAUUU